UGGCCGACCCCUGCGCUUACAUGACGCCCGUGAACAUGACGCCCUUUCCCAUCCUGCGCGCAGGCGGAAGUUUACUGUACUGGCUCAUCCGAUUCUCCAUGCUCAGAGUCUAAUCAAACAAUAAAAGACCAGUGAUAUCAGCAUCGGCCUCUAGCAUACCAUGACUGAACCGAGUCCGGACCAGAAAAGCUCACAGCCAGGUCAAGAGAUGGCGUCAGUGAAGCUGGAGGACUGCAGUCAAACACUGGAGCUCAAUGUGAUUGUCAAAAAAGAGGAAGAGGAGGAUGAGAGAAGAACCGAGGAAGAGAACGGAGGAGUAGAACAGGAGAGGGAAGACGGUAACGUUGACUCGGGACUUGUUACUGUUAAAAGAGAAGAAGAGGAGGAGGGGGUCAGAGAGGAGGAGGAUGGAGAGGAGGAGAUUGGGGACAGAGAGGAGGAGGAGGAGGACGGAGAGGAGGAGGUUGGGGACAGAGAGGAGGAGGAUGGGGACAGGACCAACCCAGAAACAGGAGAGGGUGCCAGCUCAGACAAAGAGAGACCGUUCCUCUGCUCCCAGUGUGGUAAGCGGUUCACUGCACCAAGCAGCCUGAAGACUCACAUGCAGAGACACAGCGGAGAGAAACCCCACCAGUGCUCCUUCUGUGGGAAGCGCUUCCUACGAUCCACAGACCUGAAGAGACACCAGAUGAUCCACAAAGCAGUCACCUCGGACAGACCGUUACGCUGUUCGUGGUGCGGCUCAAGACGUUCACCUAGGCGUGGUUAUACCAGCCUGAGGAUCCACCUGAAGAUCCACAGCGAAGACAAACCCACCCAGGUGUGGUUAUAG